AUGAAUCUCACUGAUGAAUGCUGCGCCUUCGAGUCUCCCAUCCUGGACCAGGUUUUACCUCCAAUCCUGGUCCUUGAGUUCAUGUUUGGACUGAUGGGGAACUUUGUGGCUCUGUGGAUGUUCAUUUUUCACAUGGACGAGUGGAAGCCAAACUCUGUGUACCUGACUCACCUGGCUGUCGCAGACUCCAUCGUGCUGUUCUGCCUCCCUUUCAGGGCGGACUACUAUAGGCGAGGGAAGAACUGGCUGUACGGGGACGCCAUGUGCCGCAUCCUUCUUUUUCUGCUGGCAGCAAAUCGUGCAGCAGGGAUCUUCUUUCUCACAGCUGUAGCUGUUGACCGUUAUUUCAAGAUCGUCCACCCCUUGAAUCGGAUCAACAGAUUUGGCCUUGGCUACGCUCUCUGGGUCUCCCUCUUCCUCUGGGGUCUGAUCUUUCUCGCCACUGGGUACCUUCUUGCUGACGAACACUUCUUUGACAGCGGCAACAGGACACAGUGUGAGAGUUUUAACAUCUGCAUGGGUUUCACUCCUCUCUCUACUUGGCACAACACUUUCUAUGUCGUCCAGUUUUUCCUCCCCACAAGCAUCGUCGCUUUCUGCACGUUCAGAAUCACCUGGCAGCUGAGAAACAGGACCAUGGACAAAAACGGGAAAAUCAAACGGGCCGUUCAGUUUGUCUUGGCUGUGGCUCUCAUCUUUAUUAUCUGCUUCUUCCCCAGCACCAUUUCCCGUAUAGCUGUGUGGAUCCUUAAGGUGUGGUAUCACGAGUGCAAGUACUUUGAGGAGGCCAACCUUGCGUUCUACACGUCUGUGUGUUUCACCUACUUCAACAGCGUCCUGAACCCAGUGGUGUACUAUUUCUCUAGCCCGGCUUUCAGCGGCACCUUCAAGAAGGUCUUAAAUAAAGUGCUGGGAAGGAGCACUGAUCAGACGGAAACAUCUGAGAAUGACAUUUCCACAGUUGACAGUCGAAGGAUAUAA